AUGGCCCCCCUAUCCGCGCAAUGGCACCCCCUCCCGCACCUUCCCUCCAUCCCCCGCUCCUCCCACACCCUCUCAGUCCUCCACUCGACCCUACACCACUUCUCCGGCGAAUCCCACGACAACCGCCCCCCCUCCGGCGCCGAACUGCACCUCCUCCCCCUCGACCCCAGCGUCCCCCUCGCCAUCACGAUCCUCGCCUCGCCGUCCGGCCCCUCGCCGCGCGUCGACGCGGCCGCCGCAACACUCAACGACACGCUGUACGUGUUUGGCGGCCGCGGCGGCGCAGACAUGAGUCCGCUCGAGGAGGGCGGGCGGCUGUGGGCGUUCACGGCGGGCGCGCAGGCGUGGGAGGCGGUUGAUCCGGCCGACGGCGGGGAGUUCCCGAGCGCGCGGGGGGGGCAUGCGCUCGUGGCGACGGGCGGGAGGGUGUAUGUGCAUGCGGGGGUGGCGGAGAGCGGGAUGCUGGGGGAUCUGUGGGCGUUUGUGGUGGCGGAGCGGAGGUGGGUAAGGUUGCGGGAUGCGCCGGGGGGGGAGAGGAGCGCGGUGGGGAUGGCGGUGACGGGCGGGAGGGAGAUUUGGAGGUUUGCGGGGUGGGAUGGGGAGAGUGCUGUUGGGGGGGAGGUGGGGGUAUAUGAUAUACAGCACGACACAUGGCGCACGAUCGAGUACCCGCCCGAGGCCGGCCCAGCACCGCGCUACUCAUCGUGUCUCGUCCCGCUGGUGCACCCCGCCACAAAGAAAGAAUACCUCCUCACGGCCUUCGGCGAAUCCGGCGAGAGCGGUGACGAGGUCGUCAAAUACCUGCAAGACAUCUGGGCAUACGACAUCGCCGCGGCGGAGUGGUGCGAGGUCAUCACGACCGGCGAGAAGCCUUUGGCGAGGGGCCGGUUCGCCGCAGCUGGGAAGGGCAAUCGGUGGCUUGCAAUUCAGGGGGGACUGGAUGAAGAGGGCGAGCGCUUGGGGGAUUGGUGGGUUUUGAUGCUGGAAUGA